ACAAUUUGCUUUCACUUUGCACUCUUUUAUCAGAUUGCUGUAAACAGUGGAAUAAUGCAUGGUGGAUCGUCCACGUGCCGUUUUUAUUAUGCCGCAUUACAUCACAGUCGUGUCCGUGUUAUCUUUCCCCUGCAGUGUGUGUCGAUGCUAAGGACAGACAGCAGAGUUCACUGAAGUUUCCUGAGAAAUCACAACAGCACGUCUCCUCGCUUACACCGCGUCUCCAUCGAGACCUGCUACGCUGCUUUUUAUGGUUUCUCAAGCUUAUUCACAUGAAGUAACCUCUACGAGAUAUCUAUGACAGCUGUUUCUUCAUUCCUGGAAUAAAAGACAAUGUAGGAGAGAUUAUGUACUUCGUUCGUGUACAGUAAUGCGUGGUUUCUACUGUAAGAAGACCAACGAGAUUAGCUGUCUGUCGUUGCUAUGGAGAGCCUGCGCCUAUCAGGCCGGGCCGGGUAGGCCCAAGAAGCGUCUGCGUGGUGGAGUUGCGUCUGAUACCGGAGGAGGGAACACGAAGAGCGGAUUACACACAAAAACGAACACUGCACUUGCACCCCAGGAAUGAAUUAUAAUAGGAGGCUGACUCCGCUGAUGUUCCCAACAUGAGGAUGGUUGUUUACACUUUACUCUAAAGCUGCUCUAUGGGGAUAAAAAAGUUGAUUAAUUUAAACUGUACCAAUUGACAUUAAACAAUUGUGAGAACUAGAGAACAUGCCUCCAAGGCCAUCGUCUGGAGAAUUAUGGGGCAUCCAUUUGAUGCCCCCCAGGAUUUUGGUGGACUGUUUGCUGCCCAAUGGUAUGAUCCUGACCCUGGAGUGCCUCCGUGAGGCCACACUUGUCACUAUUAAACAUGAAUUGUUUAAGGAAGCAAGAAAGUUCCCACUUCAUCACCUGUUGCAAGAGGAAGCUACAUACAUCUUUGUCAGUGUAACACAGGAGGCCGAACGGGAAGAGUUUUAUGACGAGACCAGGAGACUCUGUGAUCUCAGGCUCUUCCAGCCUUUCUUAAAAGUCAUCGAACCUGUGGGCAACAGAGAGGAGAAAAUUCUCAACCGGGAAAUUGGUUUUGCAAUUGGCAUGCCGGUCUGCGAGUUUGAUCUCGUGAAGGAUCCUGAAGUGCAGGACUUCAGGCGAAAUAUACUUAAUGUCUGCAAAGACUCAGUAGAACUCCGAGAUGCCAACGGGCCACAUAGUCGUGCAUUAUAUGUUUACCCUCCCAACGUGGAGUCUUCACCAGAGCUUCCAAAGCACAUUUUUGGCAAAUUAGACAAAGGUCAGAUUAUCGUGGUCAUCUGGGUUAUUGUGUCCCCCAACAAUGACAAGCAGAAGUACACGCUGAAGAUCAACCACGACUGCGUCCCUGAGCAGGUGAUUGCAGAAGCCAUCAGAAAAAAGACGCGCAGCAUGCUGCUAUCUCCCGAGCAGCUAAAGAUGUGUGUGCAGGAAUACCAGGGCAAGUACAUCCUCAAAGUGUGUGGCUGUGACGAGUACCUGCUGGAAAAGUACCCCAUCAGUCAAUAUAAGUAUGUGAGGAGUUGCAUUAUGCUGGGCCGAAUGCCAAACCUAAUGCUGAUGUCAAAGGACAGCUUGUACUGUCAGCUGCCCAUGGACACAUUUACCAUGCCCUCAUAUUCGCGUCGCAUAUCCACAGCCACACCAUACAUGAAUGGGGAAGCCUCCAGCAAAUCCCUAUGGACCAUCAACAGCAACCUGAGAAUACGUGUGCUCUGUGCAACAUACGUCAAUGUAAACAUCCGGGACAUUGAUAAGAUAUAUGUCCGGACUGGGAUCUAUCAUGGAGGGGAGCAGCUAUGUGACAAUGUGAACACGCAGCGCGUGCCAUGUUCUAAUCCAAGGUGGAAUGAGUGGCUUAUGUAUGACAUGUACAUUCACGACAUUCCCCGAGCUGCUCGUCUUUGUCUGUCCAUCUGUUCUGUGAAGGGGAGGAAGGGCGCUAAAGAGGAACACUGUCCACUAGCUUGGGGAAAUGUAAACCUCUUUGACUACACACAUACACUGGUCUCUGGGAAAAUGGCACUGAACCUGUGGCCGGUGCCACACGGCCUAGAGGAUCUGCUAAACCCCAUUGGUGUUACAGGCUCCAACCCGAACAAGGAAACCCCAUGCCUGGAGUUAGAAUUUGACUACUUCACCUGUCCUGUAAAGUUCCCUGACAUGGCUACUAUAGAGGACCAUGCUAACAAGAUCAUGUCCAGGGAGAUGGGAUACAAUUACUUUCAAUCUGGGCAGGUAAGCUUCCAUAGCAGCAGACAAGCUCGAGACCACCUCAUAAUGGAUGGUGAUAUCGAGCAGCUACGUCAAGUAGCAAACAGAGACCCACUUUCUGAGAUCACUGAGCAGGAAAAGGACUUCGUGUGGAGACACAGGCAGUAUUGUAAAAACAUACCUGAGGUUCUUCCCAAGAUUCUUCUUGCUGUAAAAUGGAACUCCAGAGAUGAAGUGGCACAGAUGUAUUGCCUUCUUAAGGACUGGCCUGCGAUAAAACCAGAACAAGCCAUGGAGUUACUUGACUGCAACUACCCAGAUCCGAUGAUACGAGACUUUGCAGUACGGUGCCUUGAAAAAUAUUUGACAGAUGAUAAACUCUCCCAGUACCUCAUUCAGUUGGUCCAGGUUUUGAAGUAUGAGCAGUAUCUUGAUAAUCCCUUGGUGCGAUUUCUGCUGAAGAGGGCCCUGACUAACCAGAGGAUUGGACAUUUCUUUUUUUGGCAUUUGAAAUCAGAGAUGCACAACAAGACGGUGAGUCAGCGUUUUGGCCUGCUGCUGGAGUCAUACUGUCGUGCCUGCGGUAUGUAUCUGAAGCAUUUGGGCAGACAGGUGGAGGCCAUGGAGAAACUCAUCAACCUCACGGACAUACUCAAGCAGGAGAAGAAGGAUGAAACUCAAAAGGUUCAGAUGAAGUUCCUGGUGGAGCAAAUGAGGCGACCUGAUUAUAUGGAUGCCCUCCAAAACAUCACUUCUCCAUUAAAUCCAGCCCACCAGCUAGGCAAUCUACGGCUUGAAGAAUGCAGAAUCAUGUCAUCAGCCAAGAGGCCACUGUGGCUUAACUGGGAAAACCCUGAUAUCAUGUCAGAGCUUCUCUUCCAAAACAAUGAGAUAAUUUUUAAGAAUGGGGAUGACCUGAGGCAAGACAUGUUGACUCUUCAGAUCAUUAAAAUAAUGGAGAACAUCUGGCAGAACCAGGGGCUAGACCUCAGAAUGCUUCCCUAUGGCUGCCUGUCUAUUGGAGACUGUGUGGGCCUUAUUGAAGUUGUAAGGAGUUCUCAUACCAUCAUGCAAAUCCAGUGUAAAGGAGGUCUCAAAGGAGCAUUGCAGUUUAACAGCUCCACCCUGCACCAGUGGCUGAAGGACAAGAACAAGGGCGAGACGUAUGACUUGGCCAUUGACCUUUUCACACGAUCCUGUGCUGGAUAUUGUGUGGCCACUUUUAUUCUGGGCAUCGGUGACCGACACAACAGUAACAUCAUGGUGAAGGAUGAUGGACAGCUGUUUCACAUAGAUUUCGGCCAUUUCCUGGAUCAUAAAAAGAAGAAGUUUGGCUACAAGAGAGAGCGAGUACCAUUUGUUUUAACUCAAGACUUCUUGAUUGUUAUUAGCAAAGGUGGAACUCAAGAAUGCACUAAAACGAGGGAGUUUGAGAGGUUUCAGGAGAUGUGCUACAAGGCAUACCUGGCUAUCCGACAGCAUGCAAACCUCUUUAUCAAUCUGUUCUCAAUGAUGUUGGGCUCUGGCAUGCCAGAAUUGCAGUCAUUCGAUGACAUAGCCUACAUCCGCAAGACCCUGGCGUUAGAUAAAACUGAGCAGGAGGCUCUGGACUACUUCAUGAAGCAGAUGAAUGACGCUCACCAUGGUGGAUGGACCACAAAGAUGGACUGGAUCUUUCAUACUAUUCGACACCAUGCCCAGAACUGAGCUGGAGUAGAACUGACCCCAUAUGAGAGGUGCUUGAGCCAGGACAGGACCACUUACUCAGAACCUACUGGCCUGUCUUUGCUAAUAGAAACAUGGCACCCAGACCUCAAAGUGGGGUAAAAAAUUGCCCUCAACUAACCUUCAGAGCACUAAACAAUCCAAAAUAUUUUUCUUCUGUUUCAAUCUCCUUUUUUUGGCAUCCAUACAGAAGAAAAGCUAACUCUAAUCUUUAUCCAGAAUGGUUGUACAUUAUUGCCUGUAGUUUUGUACUGUCUCUUUUUUUUUUGGUUUGUUCUUGCUGCUCUUUUCUGGGAGAGACCAUGGUUAUUUUAUUUAAUGUUAUUUUAUUUCACUUUUUCAUUUUUGAGAAACAACAUAACGCGGUCAGCAUAAAGUGGUGUUUAUUUUAGGGCGCUCUUUGGAUUUCUCAUGUCUUCCUCCACGUACAAAUGCCUUCAAAUAUGCAUGGAACCUCUGAGGAACUCGUGUAUUAUACAGGGUAGAAAUUUUGUUGUUUGUUCUGCGUCCGGAAGGAUGGGUUCUGUAGCAAAUGUAAAGGAUAUGGUGUUUUCCAUACUCUUGCAUAAACACUUGCUUCUUGGAAGCUAUUACCCUUGAUCACUACAGACAUAAAUUUUUGCUUCUUCACCUACUUCACUACUCUUGAUUAAUGCAGAGCUUAAGUGAAUUUGGAUAGGAGGUAUGAUUUAAUUUGCCAUAUUUAUGAAUCUUCAGAAGGAAUGUUAAUCCAUGUUGCUCACAACCUCAGCCAUUAAACAAUAACAUGAAGCAUUAUGCAACUAGUCCAAAGUGUUAUACAUUGGCCCUCACUGAUCAUGCAGUUUCUUUGCUUUAUCAUGAUCACAAAAAAGCAGCCACAAAGGAUGAAAUGGGACUCAAGAUAGGAAAAGGCAAACAUAUUUAAAAUCAAAGUUACUUGUUCUUUUUUCUGUGACAAGUCGAAUUUUUUAAAUAUUUUUUUAGACCAGCACAGGUAAAGACAAGUGAGUGAUAUAAAGCCUUAAUGUAACUUGAUGCUUUGUGGCUGAAUGCUCAGACCUCCAUUUUGUGUACUGCAUGCAACAGUAGAGCAUACCUUGGUGCUUAGUAAAACCAGUUUAGUGAACACUUUACCAUCAAAGCAGUUGCUCUAUUUUCCACUAGCGAUAACCAGGCAGGUUUAUUUAUUUUCUGCACUUAUCCUAACUUCCAGUGUGUUGGAUAACAACUGUAUUGGUUCUGUAAGAAAUGAAGAAUGGUGCUAAAUAGAUUCCACUGUAUGGAAAGGGAAUAAUUCCUUGAUGAAAUGGAUGUUUGAUGUUAAAAAUUAGAAUGAGAAUGAGUCAGCCAUUGACACAUGUUUAGCAUUUACACUAAAAUUACACUCUGUAGUACUACAUGUCUAUUGUAUAUAUCUUCAACACACUUUGAUGUUUCUAAUUUCCUCAUGAUUGAUUUCCUGCAGUACACAGCUACAUGUGCUUGAGGAUCUGUCAGAUGUGCUGUCUGCAGAUUACUCUUGGGGUGAUUAAAAUGCUUUAAAGUAUAAGUAACUUUCAAAUCCCAUACAAAAUCUGUCAAAGCUCUUUUAAGAAACUGCUACGUAUUUUCUCAGAGCAGGUUCAGCGUUGUGCAUUAAAACUUAUGUUAGAUAAAAAGAGAAUUAGGAGUGUAAUUUAUAUCUGUAACAAAUUGAUCUUGCAUUGCAAAAUGCUGAGGUUUAGCUAUUAAAACCAGACCAACUGACCUCCAAAUUACUAAUGAUGUAAUAUUGCUUUGUAUUUACAUUUGUGUUUGAACCACAAUAACUCAUUAGCACUACCGGUAAAUUCAGCCUCUGUGGUUGGGAAGAAAGCCUGUUGUGAUUUUGCAUUACAUUUAAGCUGUGAAAAUGUAAAGAUUACAAAUUAGGUGCAAUUGUGCUUAUUUGUAUGGAUAUGUGUUUGCUGGUGGGGUGACUAGCUUCUGUUUAAGAAUUUGUUCACUACUUAAUAGGCGCUUCUGUAUGUUUAGCUUUUUUUUUUCUUCAUUUAAAAAAAAUAAUAAUCUGUUUAUUCAAGCCAAAGUUCUACAUUUCAAGUUGUUCACCUGCAUAACCACCUGAAGCAUUAAAAGGGCCAGUUGUUGUUCCUGGACUGAUCAAUAUUAUAAUUGAUAUAUAAUUUAUAUAUCAUAAAGUCUGAAGGACACUUAUUUGUACUGUCAUAGAAGUAGUGUUAAUGUAAGAUCUUUUUACCCUUUAAAUUGGAGAUGAGGCCAUACAAUCUGCCUUUUUGCUAAAUGCAAAGACCACAGUCAUGUUUUUCUUUUUUCCUACAUUCUGUAGAAAUACAUGUACAAUUCUAUUGGACUAUAUUAUACCAAAAUGUAUUAAUGCAAGGAGAAGGAAGGCACCUUUAUAUCCUCAAUCUAAUUUAUAAUAAUUAUCCUGAAGUAAGAUAACAUUGUGGUGUUCCAGCUUUCUUAUUCAUUUAUGUGCUGACUUUUAGGUUUCAGAUUUUUUUAUGUCAGUGUGACACUUAUAUGCAGUAAUGUAAUGAACAGAUAUACACAGACAGCAACUGAUGUAUGCAGGUGGCUUUUGCACUUUGUAAUUUUCUUUUUUCCUUAUCUACAAUGCCUUUGUCCUACAGACAAAGGCAUUGUACAUAACUUACUUAUAACCUUACUCUUUUGCUGCCAUGAACAAAUGAGAUGAAUUAGCAGUUAGUCCUUUUAAGAAGCCUUGCGUCCCCCCCUCCCUCCCCCAAUGCAUGGUUGUAGUCACUACUUUUGUGUGUAAUCUGUACAGGUUACAGAUCCCUUGGGGCUGGACCCCUUUAAAAGCCAAUUUUAAAAAUGUUGUGAUCACAUGGAAAUAAAAUGCUUUGUAUUUUUCUUCUUUUUCACCACACAGGAAAACUGACAUGCUGGACUUUAGCCAUCUUUAUAUAACAAAAAAAUAAUAAUAAUUAUAUUUCAGUUUCAAACAUACUUGAAUAUCAUUGCUCCAAACCAUCAUUGUGUGUUAAGAACAAAUGUUAUUGUGGUGUAGCACUGAAGGUUCGCUUGCAUAGGCAAUUUCAUACUGAUGUUGAAAGUGAAAAUAGUUGGGUUGUAAGAGGCUCUGCUAAAGAAAUGCUUAUUUAAAAAAGGUUGGCUAAUCCUAAGGAAAAUAUUUCACACCAUGUAAAAUGUGGCAAAAAGUUGAAGUUAAUUGUAUAAACUUGUACUGAAAGGAAGGUCAAAACUGUUUGUCUGCUGUUGUUAAAACGUUUUCAAGUGAUUACAUUUCUACAUCAUUCUCCUUAAUGUUUCCCUACUUAUAAUUUACCUAUAUUUUCAUUUAUAAUCAUUUUCAAGAACACUACUUUGUGGGCCAAAUAAUGUUCCAUACAGCCAUCCUGCAUGAAAUUUAAGUUAAAGCCCUAUUAUUUUUCUGUUCAUUAUAUGUAGAUAUAAACAUGUGGCCUAAGACUGCAUUCUAUAGCAACCAUCUAUAACUGCUAACAAUGACACAGCCUCAUUUUCAUUUAUUUACUGUUUCAUUGUGCACCUCAGUUGAACAUUUUCUUUGUAUCCCAGAUAUUUUGAGUGUUAUGUGAAAAAUAAUGUACAAAUAAACAUAUUUCAAGAAAUGUUCCUUGAA